AUGGAGAAUGAUGUUGAACUUUGUGUGUUGUUGGUAGAUUUUACGUUACCAUCAUCAUCGGAUCAUGAUAAUACGACUAGAAAUUCUCUAUCCGAAAUGAUGAGAAAUAAAUUUACAAGACAGCAAGCCGGAAAGAAAAAGUUUUUGGAAAAUAGAAACCAUUCAAGAUCUCUUGAUUUUUUACCUAUUGAAUUUAUGAAGGAUAAAUCAUUUGUUUUAAAUUAUAUUCAACAUUGCAAUCAUGAUAAGAGUUACGAAUUUUUAAAAAGUGCAGCUAUUGAGUUCAGACAUGAUCCACAAGUUAUGAUUGAAAUUGUCAAACAUGCAGGUUAUAUGCUAGAAUAUGCUUGUGCAGAUUUGCGAAAUGAUAAGGAUCUUGUGAUGGAAGCUGUCAAACAACAUGGUAACGCGUAUUCCUAUGCUUCUGAAACAUUGAAAAACGAUAAGGAUAUUAUUUUGGCAGCUGUCAAACAAUGGAACCAGAUUCGUUUCACUUUGGCCAACGAAUGGAAGAACGACAAUGACAUUUUUUUGUGUUCGAUAUGUCCCAAUGUUGCUCACAAAUAUUCACAUACACAUUGGAAUAAUGACAUGAUCUCACUUUUCUCAACAUUGAAAGAUGACAAGGAAUUCUUGCUGGAUGCUGUCGAAAGAUAUCCAACCGCUUUACAAUUCAUAUCAGACGAGCUUAGGAAUGAUAAACAGUUCAUACUUUCGUGCGUUAAACAAAAUGGAGACUCACUACGAUAUGCUUCCGAUGAUUUGAUAAAUGACAAGGAAUUGGUUUUAAAGGCAUUGAAACAAGACGUGUAUUUACUUGAAAAUGUUUCAGACGAGAUCAAGAGUGACAAUGAAUUUAUCAUGCGAGCAGUUCAAGAAAACGGGUUUGCAUUAGUGUUUGCACCACAAAGUUUUAUGAACCUUUUGCAACAUGACAGGAGUAUAUUAUUACAAACAGUUAAAUUAUUUGGCUCUGCUCUUCAAUAUGCAUCGUACGAAAUGCAAAACGAUAAGGAAAUAGUAUUAGAAGCAGUUCAACAAAAUGGACAUUCUUUAGUGUUUGCUUCAGAUGAAUUGAAAGAUGAUCAAGAGAUUGUGUUAGCAGCUGUAACAAAUCAAAGAGCAGCAUUUCAAUAUGCAUCCACAAGGAUUUUGAAUGACAAGGAAUUUGUGUUGCAAUUAAUCAGACAAAACUUGACGACAGUAUUGGCGUUUGCUUCUCCCGAGUUGAGACAAUGCAAAGAAAUUGCUCUCGAAGCAGCCAGACACGUGUGCUUUGCAUGGGAUUGCAUCAUUAGUCAUGAUCCAGACCAUCCACUCUUUCUUUAUUUCUCGAAUGAAAUUCUAUUUUCUGAUCCAGACAUGAUGCUGGAAUGUGCCAAGUAUACAGGUUAUGCCCACAAGUACAGUGAUACCUUAUACAAGGCUCGAAUGGAUCAUUAUUAUGAUGGAAUUUAUUUGGGAAACCAUAGUAAUAAGGUGUCGAGUGGAUGA